CCCCCGCCUCCUUCUCUGACACACAAACAGCACGCAGCUCUCCGGCCGGACAGACCUGUCGGACUGCAGAUGAGUCUGUCUCCUCCGGAGGAGCGGGAAGCGGCGGAUAAACUUUUGGUCCGAGGAGCGCUUCAGGAGAGCCAUGGGCGGUUAGGGGGGAUCUGGGCUUAAACGGCGGGGAUGCGAGAGAGACGCCGCAGCGGCGAGCAUCGGCCGCUGUGAAGCGGAGGAGUCACCGGCAGAUGAUGUCCCGAUGUGAGAGCGCUUCCAGAGGAGACGGAGGAGAGGACGAAGGAGGAUGAAGAAGGGGGGAGAGGGAUCGAGAGCGGCAGAGGUGGAAUAUAAUGAAGUUGAGUGGGAAAGGACUGUGCACCAUCUUCUCCAGCACCCUCCUCUUCGUGUGCGCCCUGAGCGAAGUUGUGGUUGGAUUAAGAUGCGUCUCUCUGGGAUCUACGGUCAAAGCGCAUUUCCACCUCGGCGCCGCGGCCGGGGCUUUCUACUCCGGGUUACUUGUGGGCAUCGGGCAGGUCCUGCUGGGCGCCGCGCUGCUCUGCUGCAUGGAGAAGCCCGGCUGCAGGAAUUUCUUUCUCCUGGGGGUUGUGGUCUUCUUGUUGGGGGUCCUCACAGCCUUCUCCGGCGCCGUGGUGGACGGGGACACCGCGUCUCUGGUGGAGAGGAAAUAUUCCCACUACUGCUUCCACUCGGUGGUUGUGAACCCUGCCUGCGAGCAGCUGAGGGAUUACCAGCGGAGUCUGGUCAUCUCCACUGUUCUCAGCACCCUGGAGUGCCUCCUGGGGCUCAUCAACCUGCUGGUCAUCAAACGGUACAAAAGCACGCAGUUUUCCCGGAGCCGGCAGUGUCCGAGGCCGAGCGCCGGGGCCAUCCUCUUCAGUGAGGAGCGGGACUGCUCCUCCGUGGAUUUCCACCCGGUGUCCUACAUCAACCUGGGGGUCUUCGGCGUGCUGGACGAGACGGGCGCGGAAGUGCAGUGCGGCGGACACCCGUCCAUCGAGCUGCCGGGGUACUCGCCCGCGGACCCGGAGCUCAACCACUGCUUCCCCUUCUCCUACCCGAUCCCCAGCGAGCUGCCGCCCGCCUACGAGGACAUCUUCCCCGCGGUGGCAUGCAACACAUAGCCGCUCCGGAGCAGCGCGUCCGUGCGCUCUGACAAUCACUGACUGUGCGCUUAAACUAACCCUCUUCCUCCACUUCUUCUCCUUCUCCUUCUCCUUCCAGCGAACAAACAGUAAGUUGCAGAGGAGGACAGCAGCAGUGGAUUCCUUCUCAUUCUGAUAUUUUCUUACCUGGUAGCUCAUGUUGAACAUCCCCAACCAGACUGAUGUAGACCAAAAAGGAGGG